UUGGGAUUCUCCCAAGUCAAACAUUCUUAAUUGGCUGAUGCAAUUAAUCAGUACUAUAAAUAGUAUUCACUGGAGUCAUACUGUCAUAAGGACAAAGGACAGUGAACUCAAGUUUAUCUAGCUGUUCAUUAAUUCUUUUUCCAAUAAUAUUAUAGUUUUAUCUUUGAGCUAUAGGUAUGGAUCCUGAAGAUGGAGUGUCAGCCCCUUCAACACCAGCAACUCCUGGUGCUCCUCUUUUUGGUGGUUUCAAACAUGAAAGAAACAACAAUGGCAGAAACUCCCUCCUCAAGAGCUUAAAAUGCUUCAGUGUAGAAGCAUGGGCUUCAGAAGAAGGAAGCUUACCGCCUGUUUCAUGCGCGUUACCUCCUCCUCCUGUCUCACUAGCCAGAAAGGUGGGAGCAGAGUUCAUAGGUACUAUGAUACUAAUAUUUGCGGGGACAGCCACAGCAAUUGUGAACCAAAAGACACAAGGCUCGGAAACCUUAAUUGGAUUGGCAGCCUCCAGUGGUCUAGCUGUAAUGAUUGUCAUUCUGUCAACUGGCCACAUUUCUGGAGCUCAUCUCAACCCAGCUGUGACCAUUGCUUUUGCUGCUCUAAAGCAUUUCCCCUGGAAAAAUGUUCCUGUGUACAUUGGAGCACAAAUUAUAGCAUCAUUCUGUGCUGCAUUCACACUCAAGGUAGUUUUGCACCCAAUAAUGGGUGGUGGAGUCACUGUUCCGUCUGGUAGUUACCUUCAAGCUUUUGCUUUGGAGUUCAUCAUCAGCUUUAACCUCAUGUUUGUUGUCACUGCCGUGGCCACCGACACUAGAGCUGUGGGAGAGCUUGCAGGAAUAGCAGUAGGAGCCACCGUCAUGCUCAACAUUCUAAUAGCUGGGGAGACAACUGGGGCUUCAAUGAAUCCAGUGAGAACGCUGGGACCAGCAGUAGCAGCAGGAAACUAUAAAGCCAUUUGGAUCUACCUGACUGCUCCGAUACUUGGCGCUCUCGCUGGGGCAGGUGUUUACUCUGCAGUCAAACUGCCAAAUGAAGAUGACAACAAUCAUGGGAAGCCUUCACUGGAACAUAGUUUCAGAAGGUGAUUCAUCAGUAACACCAUCAAACCAUGGGAAUCACAUACUUUAGUAGACAGUGUGCAGUUUUAUGAAUGUAAAAACUUCUGUACCAUUUUGCAUCUGGAAGGCAAGGGUGGGUUGAAUAAAACAAAUCUUUCCGCUCUCUCCGAAUGUACAGAUUUUAGCAAGAUACAAUGACGAAGAGAGGCAAGGGAGGAAAUGAUUAAAGCCUAAGUUUGAGAAGAGAAAAAAUAUUGGCAAACUUAUGCAAUGUGUACUAUUGGUGAGGUUUUUACUGGAUUGUAGAAGAGACUUCUAUGUAACAUGUGUUUUCACAGAACUAGUGCCACAGGAAGUAGGACUUCUUUUUGUUUUUCUGCAUCACUCUGAAAUUUUGAAGGGUAUGAAGUGCAGCUGAAAGACUAGUCUUAUUUCA